CUUGUCGGCGAGAUUAGAGGUGCGGGGAUGGCCGGAGGUCGCCGUUUUCGGUUUUGUGCUAUGAUUUCGUUGGAGUGGUGGAGCGUGGGCCGUGGCAGGCUGGCAUUGGAGUGACCGGAUCAUUGAACUUUCAUUGAUCAAGGUGAGGCGCCAUUUCGAUAAAUACCCUGAAAGUAGUCCUAUACUAGGAAUUUUCACUUGGAGAUGGGUUUUGGCGCUUGGUUUUGACCAUAUGUACUCAUCUCCUGUUUUCCUUGCAUCAUUGGAUCUCCUAGCUGCAUCACUAAUGGCAUGCACUAACAUAUAUAACACAGAUACUUGUCAUCAAGGUUGCAAGAAGGUUUGAUUUCUUUGUUCUACUCUUUUCAAAAUUUCUAUUUCAUAUGAGUUGGGAGUUUUCUUACUAACGUACGGAUUAACUGAUGAAAACAAAUGGAGUUUUUUUUUUUGCAAUCUUCUGAGGUCAUCAACAAGCAGGAGUUUUCAGAGUCUUUGCCAACAGUUUCUGUUCCAGACUUGGGCGUUAUUCUCAUGGGAGCUGGAUAUCAGGUAUUCUUGAAGGGACCUUCUUUAUAUGCCUUUAGGGGGUCGGCCGGUCGGUUUGUCCCUAUUGGUGUACAUUUAGCAAUGCUGCUGAUUAGAACAUGGAGGUGUGCAGAUGUGCCGAGUUAGAACAUGGAGGUGUGCAGAUGUGCCGGGUUAGAACAUGGCGAAGACGGGGAGUGAAGCUUAUUGAACCUAGGUUACGAGAUCAAUUAUCAACUUUGUAUUGUAGCUAGUAAUGCCAGCAGCUAUAGAUGCUUUCAGAGUUUAGUACAUCUAGCAAUGUGUUUGGGUGAUUGGAUUACACAAAAAAUGGAGCAGCUACCUCGGGAGCCAUUUGAACUCUUCACUAUCCUACUUUGGGCGCUAUGGACUGCUAGAAAGGGAAAGUGACUAUAUUUGAAGUUAUGUGCAGGAUUGUUGGGGUGCUGGUUCCUCAUUAACAUAAAGCAUUUUUUCUCAUUAAAAAUAUGAAGUUCUGGUUUAUCUACCAUAUUGUACAUCGGUCUUUUUGCUACAUAACCAAUAAUGAAUGAAAUCUGG